AUGCAGGCUACGGAGGGAUCCCCCACAAUACCCGAAGUAGCAGCGGGCCCUGCUAAGCCAGUGCAGCAAGUGCAGCUGGAGGAGGACCCGUCCGUGGACCGCCUCCUACAGGACAUCGAUUCAUCGGAGGCGCGCAGGAAUUUGAGGGUUGGGGGGCGUUUCAAACUGAGAACUACAAUCUUGUUGGCCCUAUUUGGAAUUCUCCUCGCCUCCCACUUCUUUGUAAGAGGCCUCCUACCGGCGAAUUUGCUCUCGGGACGUUCAUUGCCUUGGCUUUCUGGGACAGCAGCAGCAGACCGCGCCACUGCCCCAGCAGUAGGAGAUGUCGCAGCACCUGCUGCUGCAGUAGGAGAUGACGCAGCACCUGCUGCUCCAGCACCUGCUGCUCCAGCACCUGCUGCUCCAGCAGGAGAUGUUGCUGCCCCUCCUCCGCCACCCACUGCCUCAGCUGAAGACGCUCCUUAUCCUGCCCCGGUGCUUCCGGAGGGCUCCGCGUUCACAGGUGCACCAGGCGAAGGCGCUGAUGAACAAGAGCACGGUAAGAAGAAUAUUGCAUAG